AUGUCCAGCAUCCGAGAACAAAAGGCUCAUCAAACUCUUGAUCAGAGUUCAAUGCCCAACUUUAAUUCUUCAUGGGUCAACUACAAAGGCGCAUGGUUUACCACAUUGUUUAUCAUUUUACUGUUAAAGACUCUGUUCUCGGUCAUUCCGUUCAUUAGUGCAGAAGCAAGUUGGACUUUGACGAAUCUGACGUUUAACAUUGGCCAAUAUAUCAUGUUCCAUUGGGUACAAGGUAUUCCAUUCGAAAACCAUCAAGGAGCUUAUGACGGGUUGACCUUGUGGGAACAAAUUGAUGGAGGUGUCCAGUUUACAGCAACCCGCAAGUUCUUUACGGCUGUGCCGAUCGCCUUGUUUUUAUUGAGCACGCAUUAUACGCAUUAUAACCUCGUCUUGUUGGUCAUCAACUUUGCACCCUUAAUGUUGGUGUUGGUCGCUAAAUUGCCUGUCAUGCACAGAGUACGGGUCUUUGGCAUCAACAAGAUCGAUCACGUCGUUGAUUAA